AUGUCUGACGUGCAGCAAGCACUUGCGCAACUGGACUUCCAUGCCAGGAUGGAAUACGUUCCGAUCGAUGCCGGUAUCAAUGACUCAGUACUCGACGCCAUCAACAGGGCAGAAGAUGCAUCACUCCAUGGGGAUUUAGUCGCGCUCGAGGUCGCCAUGCUCGAGCUUUCGACACUCCAUGGAGCGGAAAACUACCUUAAGGCACCUGGGAGAUCUCUCCACUUUGCGAUUGAGCAUCAGCACGCUGAAGCCGUCACAUUCCUCCUUUCUAGAAAAGUGAAGAUAGUGGAAGAGCACAUUAAGAUCGCAACAUACACUCAAAAUACCGAAAUCCUCGAGAUUCUAUUGACUUAUGGCUGGGCUAUCAACUCGAAGAUGGUUGUAUCGGACUACAACUUGACACUAUGGUUUCUAGACCAUGGUGCAGACCCCAACACAGUCUGUGAUCUUGACCUGACCCCACUUUCUGUAGCUGUUCAGAGCGCGCCCAUGGAUGUAAUCAAACUCCUCUUCAGCCGUGGAGGCUCGAUUUCAUUCGGCCAACUGCUUCAUUACGCCGCUCGAAGGGACAUGCAAGAUCAGGACGAGGUUGUCCAGCUGAUUCUGGACAAGAAGCCUCCGAUCAAUAACGUCAUGUACCAGGGUUUAGAGUGUUAUUUCUUGCAAAGAGCUUUCGGCCUAGGUACACCUUUGCACGAAGCUGUGGAGCGCGGAAAACUCGACAUUGCAAGGAUUUUACUUGAUUACGGGGCAAACCCGCUGAUUAGAGAUUCUCUUGGGAAGACCGCACGAGACAGAGCAAUGAAACUCCAGACUGAGGUGCGGGACGCUAUGAUUGAACUCUUGGAUUCGUAUGCUGCGUUUGCCAGUGAUGAAUCUCCCCAAUUUACGGACGAUCGCCGAGCAACAGGGUGGGGCUGA